UCGUCGUCGCGGCGGCACCGGUGGGAGCGGGGCGCGGGGCUCCGAGUGCAGCGGGCGGGCGGGCGGGCGGACGGCGGCGUCUCGCGCCUGCGGCGGCGGAGCAGCGCACGUUGUCGGUUGGCUGCGAGUCCGCCGAGCCGGCCCGCGGCUUCUCAGCCUCUCUUUGGUCCGUCGGAGCCCCCGAGCCGGGACCGCUCUGCCGGCGUCACCAUGACCAAGGCCGGGAGCAAGGGCGGGAACCUCCGCGACAAGCUGGACGGCAACGAGCUCGACCUGAGCCUCAGCGACCUGAACGAGGUCCCGGUCAAGGAACUGGCUGCCCUCCCAAAGGCCACCAUUCUGGAUCUGUCCUGCAAUAAACUGACAAGUCUACCGGCGGAAUUUUGUGGCCUCACACACCUGGUGAAGCUGGACCUGAGUAAGAAUAAACUGCAGCAACUGCCGGCAGACUUUGGCCGUCUGGUCAACCUCCAGCACCUGGAUCUCCUCAACAACAGGCUGGUGACCCUGCCUGUCAGCUUCGCUCAGCUCAAGAGCCUGAAGUGGCUGGACCUAAAGGAUAACCCCCUGGACCCUGCCCUGGCCAAAGUGGCUGGGGAUUGCCUGGAUGAGAAGCAGUGUAAGCAGUGUGCUAACAAGGUGUUACAGCACAUGAAGGCUGUGCAGGCAGACCAGGAGCGAGAGAGGCAGCGGCGGCUGGAAGUAGAACGAGAGGCGGAGAAGAAGCGGGAGGCCAAGCAGCGAGCUAAGGAGGCCCAGGAGCGAGAGCUGCGGAAGCGGGAGAAGGCAGAGGAGAAGGAGCGCCGAAGAAAGGAGUACGACGCCCUCAAAGCAGCCAAGCGGGAGCAGGAGAAGAAGCCCAAGAAGGAGACGAAUCAGGCCCCAAAAUCCAAGUCUGGCUCUCGCCCCCGCAAGCCACCACCCCGGAGACAUACCAGGUCCUGGGCUGUGCUGAAGCUGCUGCUGUUGCUGCUGCUGUGUGUGGCUGGCGGGCUGGUGGCCUGUCGGGUGACGGAGCUGCGGCAGCAGCCUCUCUGCACCAGCGUGAAUGCCGUCUACGACAAUGCAGUCCGGGCGCUGCGCGGCCACGACAUCCUGCAGUGGGUACUGCAGACCGAUUCCCAGCAGUGAGCUCGUCCUCCACACCUGCUGCCUCCCAGCCUUGGAGCUUGGAUUCCUAUGGAAUUGGGUUCUGCUGGACACAACCUCUUUUUAGCGUCAGACCUACCUGCCAUCAUCAAAUGGCUGCCGAUUGGUACUUGAGAUCUCCUCUUUGUAGGACUUCUCUGUUCCGUAGUCAGGGUUCCCUGGUGGAAUAAGGAGAAGGGGAAGGUGGGGACAGUCACCUGCAUGCCUAAAGGAACAGGCUUGUGGUAGGCAGAGGAAAAAAAACAGUCUUUUCUAGUUAUACAAAGCUGUGUAAAGGCAAGGCUUGUUUCUACUAAACGGUCAGGUCAGCUGUCACUACAUUUAUACUUUUGUAUGUCACAAACCCUUUCUUUCAUUCCUCCCUGCAUAGCCAGGGCAGAUCAGGAGGCAGUGUGAUAUUGGGGACUAAGGGAACAAACACCAUACUCAGCAAAUCUAGCCUAAAUUGGGGGGUUGGGGGGUAUACCUAUUUUUUCUUAAGGACCUCAGACAUUUUAAUGACCAUAUAAAAUCUCAGGCCGUGAAAGGGACUUCAGGUCCAUCCAGUCCAAUAGAACACGUGCAGACAAGGAGACGGAGGCCUCCCAUGACUUGCCUACGAUCUCCCAGCUAGUUUGAAGUAAAACUCCAGUAGCCUCUCUUCCCAUCAUUUUGCUUUCUUAAUAAUGUCUGGAGAGAACAGAACUCACACCGGAAUGGAGUGUCUCUCAGCUGGAGUGUAGACUCUGAUGGUAGGCAGCUUUGUGUCCCACAAAUAGAAUUCUCCCAGCUGUGAGGGUCUUGGGCAGCUCCUGUAGAGUCCUGCCUCGGCUCAUGUGGCUCUCACAAAAUGGUCCGGGCUCCUUGCCUCACUUUUAGAGCAUUAACUCCCCGCUUGCCAGUAAACAAGGAGGUGGACCAUCAAAGCCAUAUUGUCUGUGACAGCUGUGGGUAGCUGGUGUGACAGAGGAAACCUGAAAACUCAACUUUCAGAGCUGGAGGUUUAGAAUUGUUUAGGUCUAGACCUAUAACCAGCUCCACAAUGAAGGGAAAUAGCACCAUGGAGCUUAAAAGUGGUGCGUUUACGAACGACUAGCACAGACAGGCAGGACUCUCCAUCCUCUUGUCUGCCAGACUAAGCCUUUUCUUGCUCUGUGGCCUCCUUGGCCUUUUUUUUCACAAAAGCCAGAUGAAGGAAUGAGAAAUGGUCGUCAUGGUGCUUAAUCACUGAAAACUCCCAACUGCAAGCUUCUUGUCCCUCCCUCAGGAGAGCAAAAGCUUGUAAUGAAUCGCCAGGGAGCGGGGUUUGACUGAGCCUUAGUGGCUCAUCUGGAGAGGACAGCCCCUAGUGACUGUCCCCAUCCCGGGAGUGACUUAUUUCUCUCCCCCCCCCACCCCCCUCCCCUGGCAGCUCUGCUGCAAGGCCCACACCUUACUCAGAAUCACUACACAUUCCUCAGUCUUCCUUCAAGCUCCAGAGCCAGUGGUACAAAUGCUUUAUUGAAACUACAUAGUGCGUAAAAUGAGAGAAAGAGGGCAGGGAAGUUAGCAUAGGGAGGAGACCCCUGCACAGGGGCCAGCUGAGGUGGCCUCAGUGGGUGAGAGGAAGGCAGGGCAUGCUCAGCCCCAGCCAGCCAGCCUGCUGAGGGAAGUUCACUUGUGAUCUCAAGAUUUGAAGCUGAGGUUCUUCUGGAUUUCUACAAUCAUUAAAUACGUGUCUGAGUGGUU